AUGUCGACAUCUGAAAAUGCUGCGUCACAUAAAGUUGGUGAGGCAUCGGAGGCUGAACCCCUGAGGAUUGUUCUGUUGGGGAGGACAGGAGCAGGCAGGAGCUCAGCGGGUAACACCAUCCUGGGCAGGUCGGCCUUCUGGGUCGCCUCCUCCCCCGGUUCGGUCACCGCGCGGUGCGAGAGGCGGUCCGGGACCGUCCACGGGCAGAGCGUCGCUGUGAUUGACACGCCGGGCUUCUUGCACACACGGCUGUCCCCCGAGGAGGUCAUGGCAGAGGUGGGACAGAGCGUCGCCCUGUCCUCCCCAGGACCCCACGGCUUUUUGGUGACCUUGCGGCUCGGCAGGUUCACCCAGGAGGAAAGGGACGCCUUGCAGUGGAUCAAGGCCACGUUUGGACCUGGAGCCACUAGGUUUACCACAGUGCUGUUCACCUGGGGAGACCAGCUGCGGGGCAAAAGCAUCGAGGACUUCCUGGGGGACAGCGACCAACUGUCCGAGUUUGUCAGCAGCUGCCGCGGAGGGUGUCACGUCUUUGAUAACAGAGGACAGGACGAGACAGCGGCCGGAUCACAGCAGGUGGCUCAACUGCUGGAGAAGGUGAAAGACACUGUGGCGAGCAACGGAGGCGGUUGCUAUAGCAUCAAGAUGUUCAAGGAAGCGGAGAGGGCCGUCAUGGAGGCGCAAGAGAGGAUUCUGGGAGAGAGAGGACCUGAGGCGGCUAAAAACCGAGAGUUGUUGACAGCUGUGGGGAGAGGCGCCGCAGAGGGAGCAGGGAUCCUGGGGAAGGAUGACAAAGGGAAGGCUGUGAGGAAGGCGAAGGUGGUGGAGAGGGCAGCGGCUCUGGCGGCGUCGCCGCUCUCCAUCACUUCAGCCGCAAAAGCGGUGGGAGGAGCUGUGAGAGAAGGAAGCAAGGUGCUCUACAAACACAGGAAAACCUUCCGGAAAACACCUCAUUGA